CGAACAAUCCGGUUGUGCCUGUCAACUUCGUUUGCACCCUCCAAGAUUCCCUAUUCGUAUAGACUCUCAGCGAAUAAAUCUCUAGUCCGGAACAUGGCCGACAGCGGCAAACACGCACAAGAUGCCAUCACUGAAGAGGAGAUGACUGGGGAAGCCGUCUCGGCACCGGAUCCGUCAACGAACAAGCGCUCCAAUGCAUUUACAGAGCUCAUGAUGCGCAAACGGCCAAAUACAACCAAGCAAAGCUACAAAUCCACCUCCGUCCCAGGCGCCACCACCACCUUCUUCGGUAGAGAUGGCUUAGGAGCUUACAUUGCUCAUCCGGAGGCAUUUGGCCCGGAGCGUGUCAUCUCGUACACGGAUGACUGGGUUGUCAUCAACGACAUGUACCCAAAAUCUGUCAUUCAUCUCCUGCUGCUGCCGCGCGACCCGGCCAAGACGCUCUUACAUCCAUAUGAUGCAUUCGAGGACGCCAAGUUUCUUGAAGCCUGCAAGGCCGAGCUCGAAAAGGUCAAGCAGAUUGUUGCCAGCGAACUACGACGCAGAUACGGCCGAGGCUCGAAGCAGGACCAAGCACGCAAUGAAGCCAUGGACUCGGAUGACACUCCCGGUCCGGAUGAGCUUCCAGAGGGCCGUGAUUGGUCGCAAGGCCUGCUCACUGGCAUCCACGCAUACCCCUCCAUGAGCAACUUGCACAUCCAUUGCCUCUCGCCGGACAGAAACUCGCCCUGCUUGAAGCACCGGAAGCAUUACAAUAGCUUCUCGACUCCGUUCCUCGUACCUCUUGAAGCUUUCCCGCUUCCGCAGGACGACCCGCGCAGGCAUCCAGGACGCGCGGGCUACAUGAACCGCGAGUUCGUUUGCUGGAGAUGUCAGCGCAACUUUGGGAAGAGUUUUGCAAAGUUAAAAGAGCACCUGGGAGAGGAGUUCGACGAAUGGAAGACAGAGUAGAUACGCAGCUAACAGGGCAUAACAGGCCGGCUUAUGGGUACGGAUAGAACCUCGUGCAGAUGAAUGUACUCGUACAAAAAGCGUAUUUUGUACUGCGGUG